GUUGAAAUAAGCUAUAAACAUUCCAAAAACUUCCUCAUGGAUUACAUUGCAGGCCUCCCGCUAGAGCUUUUCCUUCAGAUCAUAGAGUAUCUUGGGUCGUUGAGAGAUUUGAGCUCCCUUACUCGUUGCGCUCGCCAUACCUGCUGGCGGGCCUCUCAAACGCUCUUUAAUAUUACCUUUGCAGGUUGUUGUAAAUUCCGACGUCCUGAAUUGGUGUUCCAGAGGUUCGCUUUCCGCGCUAUCAGGCUUGACUCGCAGCGUAUGAUGCAAUGGUUGGUCUAUCAUGAGUUGAGUAGCCGGCUGAAUGAUUUUGUACCUCAACUUAAGUUAAAAAACAUUACUUAUCUCCACCUGUCUAUCAUCGGAGAUGCUCCGCAUGUUGCAAGUCAUCUUAUCAAGCUUGGCACAGAUCUUUGGGAGCCUGGGGAAGGUUACCCAGACCUGACGCCUCUGUGCCUCGCUGUAGCGCAGCCACAUAAUAAGACUCUCCUUGAUGCCGGCCUUCGCAUCGCUUGCGGUUACUCCUUACCAAGAGCAACAGAGUACCUGUUGACGAGGGGGGCUGAUCCGAAUAGGUUGAGCCGGUUUGGACUGGCUGCUAUUCAUCUGGCUACCAUGAAAAAGGUUCCGUGGCGCAGUUUUAGAGGAAUUUGUUACCUCUUAGAUGGGCGAGACGACUUAUACACACGGUGGGAAUCAAUGUUAAACAACACUCUCUACCAACUGCUUCGCUAUGGGGGGGAUCCGAACCUCAAAUCGGCGGUAUCCCGUAUGCAUCAUUGUCAGCAUACCUGUUGGCGCUCAGCAGAUUGCAGUCACCGCGGGCAAGGAGUCCUUCAUUUUGCCUGCGGUAGUGGCAACGAAAAGAUGGUUGAACUGCUACUCCGAAACAGAGCAGAUCCAGGAUUAUAUGAUGAUGAAGGCUAUCUCCCUCUAUUCUCUGCUUUGAGUCAAGACCACGCCGGAAUUGCCAUAUGCCUGUUACGAGACCAUGUUGAACCAGGGCAUCUAGUCGUCGUCCAGACGAGCCAGAGUACGACUCUUCAUGUUGCUUGUCGAUUUGCUUCGCCAAAUGUGGUGGAGUUCUUGCUGGAUCGCCGUGCUAAUCCAAAUGUCUCUAACUCUCACGGGAAGACACCCCUCCAUGAAGUUGUCUAUCAAAAUUGCCCGGAGCUGGAAGAUCGUGUUAUCCAAACUUUACAGCUUCUAUCAGAUCACGGAGCCUCACCUGAUAUCGAAUCAGAGCAGUUCGCGACGGCUCGCGAUAUCGGUAUAAUGUGCCUCUCCCCACGGAUCCGUGAGAUGUUUACAACCCCCCCUCUUAAGGAUGUUCCAAUUCCCCGCAGUCGUCUAAGAGCUUCUAAACUCAAAGCACCGGUUUCGAGGGCUCCUAGUACUGGUGGAAUUCUCGCACAACAUCACAACACUCAGCUAGAUGCUGACAGCAACGAUCCGUUUCCCAGCCUAGGAAAUUCUUCGACGAUCCAGGACGGUGAUGCUAAGUUCAAUAAGCCCCAAGCUCUGUGGUUUGACAAGCCAGUAAUAGAACAACUGUUUACUUCCAAAUCAUCGUCCUUGGGGCUUUGCGAUAAUGUUGCUAGACAAGUACCGUUGGCAGCAAAAUCCUCAGCUGAAGAAGUGGAUAGUAAGCAAAAGGUGCCAGAGGUUGUAGAGAACGCGCAGGGAGCAUUUAUAACGUCAAGUUCUGCAAAGUUCUGGGGUUCGUUCUCGCCACAGCCUCAUCAAGACAGCCGACCUGCGCCAGAAUUGAUUGGCGAGACUAAAAGUCCUCGUCACAAGAAUCAGAAGAAGAAGAAAUGGGUUGCUUUAGACAUCGUAUAAUGAGCCAACGCUAGGCCACCUCCUAACAGUCAGAGGCUUCGCAAUCUUAGAUAGAGUCUAUGAGAAAUUAAGUCAGCUAGCGCCUCAGGUAUUUACAUUGAAUUAUUAUCACUU